AUGACAGCCUUAGAUGAGUCUUCGCCCCUGAGAGCUACUUUCCUGGGCGUGAGCACCAUUCUCUUCGACGAUGGAGUUGACUCGAUCUUGAUCGACGGAUUCUUUACUCGGCCUUGGUACUUUUCCACACUACUCGGAUCCAUAAGCCCCAAUGAGCAGAAAGUAUCAGAGUGUCUCCAGCGAGCGGGUAUUGAUCAGCGUCUGCAUGCGGUCCUUGUCGCCCACUCGCACUAUGAUCAUGUUCUAGACGCUCCUACCGUUUGUAAAAUGACUGGGGCAAAGCUUGUCGGAUCCAGUUCUACGCAGCAGGUCGGUAAGGGGCACGGGCUAUCAGACGAACAGAUCGUUGUCUGUGAAGACCAGCAAAAAAUCGGCUUUGGAAACUUCCAGGUGACCAUCAUUGAGGGCAUACAUUCCCCCGGCGAUGUGGCACCUGGGGACAUCACAGAGCCUCUGCAAACGCCUUGUUCCAUGACCAAGUUUCGAACCGGCAAAUGCUUCUCAUUCUUUAUUCAACAUGGAUCAACUCGCAUCUUUGUCCACCCAAGCGCCAACUUCGUCCCCGGGAAGCUCUGCGGUUUUCAAUCUCCCACGCUUUUUCUAGGCAUUGGAGCCGUGGGUAAACAAUCCUCUGAUUUCCGAGAGCAGUACUGGGAACACGUUGUCCAGGCUAUUCAGCCGAACCGAAUUAUCCCUAUCCACUGGGAUAAUUUCUUCUAUUCGUUGGAUCGUCCUCUGUUUCCCUUACCUUGGUUUGCAGACACAUUUUCGGUGACGGAAACAUGGCUGAAAGAGGGAUGUGCAGCUGCUGGGAUUACCUUGCGUUUCCCAAAGUCGUGGGAAGUGAUGGAUCACUCGUAUUCCAGUGAGUCACUGAUCGCGACGAAGUAA